AGACUAAGACUAUGCUUUUAUUUAUAUAUACAUGUAUUGAAUUGAGCUCCCACCUAACAAAACAGACACACCAAACUGCAAAAUUUUGCCUUCUUAUAACUCAGUUCUCUCACCCUCCUUCCUUGUUAGCUCAGCUCUUCAAUGGACUGGACCAGAGGCCAAAUCAUUGGCCGUGGCUCAUCCGCCACGGUCUCAGUGGCUAAGGUUCAUGGGUCUGGAGAGAUUUUCGCGGUCAAGUCCACCAAUCUCUCACAAUCAGAAUUCCUCAAGAGGGAGCAAAGAAUUCUUUCUACAAUAAGUUGUCCACAAAUUGUAGCAUACAAGGGAUGCAAUGUUUCAUCUGAAAAUGGUAAGCUUCUAUACAAUCUUUUCAUGGAAUAUGCUCCCCGUGGCACCCUCAUUGAUGCAAUUCACAACCAAGGUGGUGGUCUAGACGAGGCCACAAUCCAAGCCUACACGCGCAAGAUUGUGUUGGGGCUCGAAUACCUUCAUUCUAAUAGCAUAGUGCAUUGUGACAUUAAAUGUCACAACAUUUUGGUCACUAAUGGUGGGGUGAAGAUUGCUGAUUUGGGCUGUGCUAGGGAGCUUGAUGACGUGUCGAGUGCUGAUUUAGCAAUUGCCGGCACUCCAGUGUUCAUGGCACCUGAGGUGGCGCGUGGAGAGCAACAGGGGUCCCCUGCUGAUGUGUGGGCUCUAGGAUGUACCAUGAUCGAGAUGGCUACCGGGCGGGCCCCAUGGCCCGGUGUUUCAGACCCGAUGUCAGCCCUUUACCGAAUUGGUUAUUCGGGUGAAGUGCCAGAGGUUCCUAACUUCAUGUCAAAGCAAGCUAAAGAUUUCUUGGGCAAGUGCUUGAAAAGAGACCCAAUGGAAAGGUGGUCAGCUAGUGAACUUCUUAAUCAUUCUUUUCUUGAGGAGCCCAAAUUUCAGUUGAAAGAAGUUAAUAGUGAUUCGGAUACUCCAACUUGUGUAUUGGAUAAAGGCUUUUGGGAAUCCAUGGAGGAGCUUGAGACAAAUCCAAGUACAAGCUAUAAAAGUUCCUUGAAUUCUCUCAAGGAAAGAAUCCAGCGGUUGAGUGAAGGUAGUACUGCAUUGUGUCGGCAAAAGCCUAAUUGGGCAUGUGAGGAAGAUUGGAUUACAGUUAGAAGCAAUAGUAACAAAGAGCCAGAGUUGGUCAAUUCCAGCCAGGACUUUGCUUUGUUAAAUGCCAAUGAAUCCAUAGCAAGUGUUAGUCGGGACAACAACUUUGUAUUUUACAAUGAACCCACGAGCAUUAGUGGGAUAGAGGCUUGUAAUAUUAGUAGCAGUAUUGGUGGUAAUGAUAAUAGCAAUAGUAGCAAUAAUAGAGGCUCAUUGGUGGCCUCUGAAUGUACAAAAGAGUCCUCUAAAUGUACCAAAGUUGAUUUAAAUGGAAACAAUAUUUCAUUUGAGAAUAAUACUCAUUUUUUGCUUUCAUAA